UGAUGUCGCUCUUUACCAGCGAAAAUAGAACAAGCGGGGUAGGGUUAUGUCUCGCUCUGUCAAACACCUGUUGUGUCAAAAUUGUGAAGAAACAUUCCGAUAUUCGAAAAAGAACGCGAUCUUCUUAUAAUCAAUCAUGGCACGUUACUUUAGAGAAGAAGAUAUAGAUGAGUUUCGGGAAUGUUUCUACUUGUUUGCUCGAAAUGGCCAGAUUCGUACACUUGAUGAGCUCACUAUAAUCAUGAGAUCUUUAGGGCUAAGCCCAACUAUUGCAGAGUUAAACAAAUAUAUGAAGGAUAAAGGUGGAAAAAUGUCUUUUGCUGAUUUCUUGGAAGUCAUGCAUCUUCAGACUCGUGCAGAGGAUCUACCGACAGAAGUGAUUAAAGCUUUUCAAGCUGCGGAUAUCUCUCAUAAUGGCACCAUUCCGGCAAGGCAAUUGGCACACAUGCUGGUUCACUGGGGAGAACAAUUGAGUAGCAAAGAAGUGGAGCAAAUCUUCCGCGAGGCUAAUGUAUCUCUAAAUGGUUAUGUUAAAUAUGAAGACUUUGUGAAAAUAGCUUGUGCACCUGUACCUGAUUAUUAUUGAAUUGUUAAAAGACUCAUAUUUAUACAUAUAUAUACAUAUAUUCUAUUAUACAUUUUAUAUUUUUGCUAUGAUGAAAGAUGACAAUGCAUAAAAAGGAGAAAAAUAUCUUAUACUUAAUAAAAUUAAUUUUUUUCAUA